UUUAUAAUUUGCUGGUUUUCUCCUCAGGAUUUUGCAGGUUAAUUCCUCAUGCACGCUCACCAGGUACUUGGACAAUAUAUUUUGAGGGUGCAGAUUACGAGAGCCAUCUUCUGCGUGAGAACACGGAGCUGGCUCAGCCUCUGAGGAAAGAACCUGAAAUAAUCACUGUGACUCUUAAAAAGCAAAAUGGGAUGGGCCUCAGCAUCGUUGCAGCAAAGGGUGCUGGCCAAGAUAAACUUGGAAUCUAUGUCAAGUCUGUUGUAAAAGGAGGUGCUGCUGAUGGGGAUGGACGCCUGGCUGCAGGAGACCAGCUCCUCAGUGUGGACGGACGAAGUCUGGUAGGACUCUCUCAAGAAAGGGCGGCAGAACUCAUGACAAGAACAAGUUCUGUGGUAACACUAGAAGUCGCAAAGCAGGGAGCAAUUUAUCACGGCCUCGCCACCCUGCUCAAUCAGCCGUCCCCAAUGAUGCAAAGAAUUUCAGAUCGUCGUGGCUCAGGUAAACCCCGACCGAAGAGUGAAGGUUUUGAGCUCUACAAUAAUUCAGCUCCAAACGGGUCACCUGAGAGCCCUCAGCUGCCUUGGGCAGAAUACAGCGAACCUAAGAAAUUGCCAGGUGACGACAGACUGAUGAAGAACCGGGCUGAUCACCGCUCCAGCCCCAACGUGGCAAAUCAGCCUCCUAGCCCUGGAGGGAAGAGCGCAUAUGCCCCCGGAACAACAGCUAAGAUAACGUCUGUCUCCACCGGGAACCUCUGCACUGAGGAACAGACCCCUCCACCGAGACCUGAGGCCUACCCCAUCCCCACUCAGACGUACACCAGAGAGUAUUUCACCUUCCCAGCUUCCAAAUCCCAGGACCGGAUGGCUCCUCCUCAGAACCAGUGGCCAAAUUACGAGGAGAAGCCACACAUGCACGCAGACAGUAAUCAUUCCAGUAUUGCAAUUCAGGUUAGAGAGAAGGAGUCCAUGAACAUUCGCAGCCGUCAAAGAUAAACCAGUUUGACAGGG